UGUGACUGGGGUAAGGGCAAGAAACGAGUCACAUUUUACAGAAUCUCGUGCUCAUACUAGAUAGUAUUUUGCUAUACUUUGGGAACAAAUUUUUGACGAUCAUUAACCAGUCAAGGUUAACAUGUUCAGAAUGUUCAUACAUGCUUAUGCUCUGUUUGUGAUUUAUGGCUUGCUACAUCCUUCGCACACUGAAGGGCAAGGUGUGAGGAACGACGAUGGUAGUUACACCUUUCCACCUGAAACCAUCCAAGUGACGAAACAUCAGCACAACUUAACAGUUAAGAGCGUUAUGCUACUCUCGAAUGUCACUGUUUCGGUAGACGAGGUGCAGCUAUUUGUUUUCGCAGAAAAAAAUGGCGGUAGUCUCGUUUCACUUCGUCCUAAUUCUGCUGGAGUGUUUGUGGCUAGAGUGAACCCGAAAAUGGUUCGGGACUUCAAAUUGAAGGAGGCUGAUAUCUCAAUGAAAAGUGAGGUCAACGUUACUUAUAUCCCAACCGGCCAGGUGCGAGUUUAUACAGUAUUCAAUCUCCGCCUCUCAAACACGACACUUGGUGGAAAUUCCGUCGUUGUACAUAAACUUGUUGUUGUCGUGACUUCUCACGACAAAAAGAGUACAGAAUACCGACACGAUCAACAUUAUUCUCUGAAUUACACCGAGACACAGACUGGUUUUCCAGGUAACGUUAGCUCAGGAUCAGUCCAUUUUGGGCCAACAAGUCAUCAGAAGGACAAUCAUACGGCUAAAGCUGGUUUUCCAGGUAAUGUUAGUUCAGGAUCAGUCCAUAUUGGGCCAACACGUCAUCAGAAGGACAACCAUAUGGCUAAAGGAGCAGUUAGUUCAAGUAAUCAGGCUGUGCUAAUUGCUGUUCCCACUGUUUCACUAGUUGUUCUAAUCACUAUCUGCAUUGCAUGUGUGGUUUAGAAAGGAAAAAAUAAUCAUGCAAUAGAUGAUGCUGAAAAUCCUAUCAACACAAUGAUGGGCAAGUUAAGUGGACAGGGAUAAUUAACCUUAGUUUCUUAGUUUAACAAUGAAAUGAGAAGUUCCACCUUUCUAUGAAAAGGCAGUUAAUUACUAAAAACUGCAAAAGUUUACUCUGACUAACUUGCCUCCCACCUCUGUGGCCCGGGUUUGAUUCCAGAACCUGGCAGCACAUGCACGUUGAUUGAGUUUGUUGUUGGUUCUCAUCCUCACUCCAAGGGUUUUUCUCCCUCCACAAAAGCCAACAUUCCAAAUUUCAAUUUGACCCAGAAAAAGUGGACAAGAAGUGCCACCACCAUCAAAUGUCAAAAGCUAAAUAAUUUCCCAUUCAUUUUUUCCCCAUUUUAUUUAUCUAUUUAUUUAUUUAAUGGCAAAUUGCAGAGUCCCCAUCCUGUAAACCUGUGAAUAUGAUUCAAAUCUUUAGAAACUACAGUAAGUUAACCCUUUAAACCCGAACAUCACAAUGCACAUUCGCCGUACUGUUCUCUUUACAUUGUUAACUGUGCUUGCAGAUCAGGGGUAAUAUUGAAAGGAGAAAUUAGAUGCUAAUCACUCUUUGGGGUCAAAGGGUUAAUAAUAUUUUGUUUGACUGGUUAAGUGUUGCAAAGCAAUUUUAGCUUUAGAAAGUACAUGCAUGUCAUUGAAUUAGCACUGUGGGCUUGUUCAUCAUCAGCUUAUAUUUUGACAAAUGAAUAAAGGGGUAAGUUUCUUAAGAAAGAGAGAGAGUAUAGAGAGUAUAGCAGGUAACUUAAUGUUAACAACUGAGUUGAAAAUGUAAAUUAGCUACCGUGAAGGGUAAAAAAGCUGACAUUUCGAGUGUUAGCCCUUCAUCAGAGCAAUAUAUAUAUAUUUUGACAGUUGAUUGUCAAAUUCUUUAAACUCAUGUCAAGGUGGAACUUCUUGUUUAAAUUUGUUAUUGGAGAGAAGUGAAGUUAAAAUGACAAGGCUCCAUAUCUCAGGGUUGAUUUUGGGAAAUAUUUCAAUCCAAAUAUGGUACUAUUUAACAAAAUUUUCAUGAUUUUUUGCUACUUGAUCUGGGCUAGCAAUUUUGAUUGGGAGAAAUUAGAUAUAGAGUUAAAUAUGUUUUAAGGCAAGGACUCACUGAAAUGCAGGUCGGAGAAAACACAUUGCAAAUUGUAAUUUGUGACAUGGAUACUUUUGUAACUGUUUAUUCCUGUCAUGGAAUUAAAAGUUGUUCAAAUUCAAACUGGUUUUGAAUUUGGAUUUUGUUGAAUUAUCAUUAUGAUAAAUUAUAGAGAUGUUACAUAAAUGAAAGUUAACUUAAACUUUGAGAGCAGAUCAACCCAUUGUCAUUUGUAGUAAUGACUUGAUAAUCAGUGAGUAGACUCAUCCUUACCACCAUAUUGAUUAUUUAUUAGGUAAAGCUAAGGGUUACUUUCAUUUAAAACCACAAGUAUAAUUUCAGACCACAAUUUGAACAGCACUAAGUUCAAUAACCACUUUAUUACAUCUAUUUUGAAAUUGGGACAUUCAGUUACUCAGAACAAGUUUUUUAGCCUGUACAGAUGUGUUAGUGACCCAGUUGUAUUUUCCUGCAAUUCAAGUGAUUCUUUAAACAAAGGUUGAAAUUUGAUUGGUCGCUGUGCUUUAGUAAAGCUGUCUGCCAUGGGCUGGGAAAAAAGAUGCCAUCUAGAGCACAAAAUGGUGCAAUUUGUGAAUUAGCAACACCAGUGAGAGCCAAUCAGAUUUCAACAAACACAAGUGAUUUUGAAAUGGAUGUAAUAAUUCAAAUAAAUGCUGUAACAGUUUCAGAAUGAUUUAAUUAUGGUCAGUGGUGAAUAAUUGAACUACUUUUAAUUAUUUAUUGUCAUGUAAAAUACUCAAUUGUUAAUUCCCAUUGUUGCAAGGUAACUAUGAAAAAAUUGCUUAAAUUGAAAGAGAUAUUUUCAAACUUUUUACAAAGGAUAGUUUAUUUUUAAGGAAGAGUAAGAUAAAAUGAAAAGGGGAAAUUAUUUUGUGUAAUGAAGUCCUUACACCGCGAUAUUGAUAAUAAAAGUUAUAUGAUAAUCA